GAGAAGAACAUGCAGAGUAGACUAAGAUUGUCUUGCGCCACCAAGCUCUGGGAAUUUCCCAGGCCCCGCCCUCUGCAUGCCAGCCUGGGCAGCCCCGCCUGAAACUUGAGAAAGAGCUGAGUGUGAAACUGCAGGCUUGCUUUGCGGGCCUUGCCUGGAAUGGCGGUGUUGCUGGACACUCCAGCUCUCCGCUGAAAUGCCAGGUCCGGUGGGGUGGGCAUUCGUGGUCGUGUGUGCAGCUCUGUGGGGGUGGCAGGCAAUGGCAGGCAGCCUUCUGCCUCCAUGUGACAGCCACAUCUACUGCACUGGGGAGCUGCUGCGGCAGGUCCAGCGGUCCAGGCUCUUCCAAGAUGACAAGGACUUUGUUGACAUGCCACUGAAGUCCAAUCCAGGUGUGGUUCUGAAGCAUUUUGAGGAAUUAGUGAAUGCCACACCUGGUGGAGCCUUAUCCAAGCUGCAGCUGACACAAUUUGUGGAGAGUCACUUUUUUCCUCCAGGGAAGGAGCUGGAAAGCUGGACGCCUCCAGACUGGUCAGACAGCAUCCCCCUCCUGGAGAAGAUUUCAGAUGAGAAGUUGCGGUCCUGGGGCCGGGUCCUGAACGCCAAGUGGAAGAAGCUGGGCAGGCGGGUGGACCCCGAUGUCCAAGCCUCUCCUUGGCGUUACUCUCUCAUCUACGUGCCAAACCCAGUGAUCGUGCCUGGGGGGCGGUUCCGUGAAUAUUACUACUGGGAUUCCUUCUGGAUCCUGGAAGGCCUCCUCCUCUCCAACAUGGCAGCUACAGCCAAGGGCCUGAUCCAGAACUUCCUCUACCUAGUCAGCAAAUUUGGGCACAUCCCAAAUGGAGGCCGGGUGUACUACGAGCGCCGGAGCCAGCCGCCCCUUCUCAGCCUAAUGAUGGAGAGCUACCUGAGGCACACAAAUGACACAGAGUUUCUGCGGAAACACAUCCACCUGCUUGAGGCCGAGUAUCACUUCUGGCAAGACCAUCGGGCUGUCAAUAUCUCUGUGGGGGGCAAGCAAUACUCCCUGAAUCGCUACAAUGUCCAGGUGGGGGAACCCAGACCCGAGUCCUAUAUGAAAGAUGUGGAGCUGGCAAAGGGCUUACAGGAAGAAGCUCAGCAGGACCUGUGGGCAGAGUUGCAGAGUGCGGCCGAGUCGGGCUGGGAUUUCUCCUCCCGCUGGUUCUUGCCAGGCUUCCCAUCACUGCAGGACCCACUACAAGACACCCGAGUGAGGGGGGUUGUGCCAGUGGACUUAAACGCCAUUCUUUGCAAAGUGGAGCAGCUGUUGGCCACUUUCUACCAAGUCCUUGGGGAUGGCGAGAAAGCGAGCCGGUUCUGGGCUGCACGUAGAGAGCGGGUGGCUGCCCUCACUGCUGUCCUGUGGAAUGAGGAGGCUGGGGUUUGGCUGGACUAUCACUUCCUCCGCCAGAGGCACAACCCGGCCUUCUACCCCUCCAACCUAAGCCCCCUGUGGGCAGAGUGUGACGUGGAUUUGCCCAGGGCAGAGAAGGUGCUUCACUACCUGGAGGAGAGUUCGGCCCUGUCCUAUGCUAACGGACUGCCCACCUCCCUGACACGGACGGGGGAGCAGUGGGACUUUCCAAAUGCUUGGGCCCCACUGCAGCACAUGGUGAUCACAGGCCUGGUCAAAUCCUCUUCUGCCCGGGCACGAGAGCUGGCCUUCAGCCUGGCUCAGCGCUGGCUCCAGAUGAACCUGGCUGUCUACGAGAAGCACGGAGGCAUGUUUGAGAAGUACGACGUGGAAGGUGAUGGGAAGCCAGGAGGUGGUGGGGAAUAUCCAGUGCAGGAAGGGUUCGGCUGGACGAACGGGGUGGCCCUCCAGCUGCUAGAUCUGUAUGGAGAGCAGCUCACGUCCGCCCACGUGCGCUGCUCUCCCUCCUGGCCCUUCAUUGGGACCUGCCUUGUCCUGAUCUCACGGCUUCCUGGGUUCCUCGGGGAUGGACCUGUCCACUGGGAAGGGUAGCCGCCUCUUCGGCUUGGCUCUCGAGACCCUCGGAUGGGUGUGGCUCAGAACGACUGCGCUGUGCAGGCCCUGCACACAUCGGGGCCCCAUUGCAUGCCUUAAAGCCUAUGGAACCCUCCCUUUCUCAGCUGUCCUUGGCCAUUUGGCCAGGCAAUAAAGCUCUCAGAGUGUGUUGCCCGCAUGUGCCUUCAAUGCAGGGGUGGGAUUCAAAUUUCU